AUGAAGGGACGCAAGGAUGAGACAAUCGAGGAUGACGACAACACUUUGAGCGAGGUCAGAUAUGACCCAGAGAAUGAGCCUACGGAAGCUGCCAGCCUCGAGCUUGGCCUCGGGCUUCGAGAUGAGAAUGGCCAAACCGCUGCAUUGAGAAGGUCCGGGGGCGGGAAUCUUGAGAUAGAGACCGGUGCAGGCUCGGUACAAGCCCGUGAACGCAGACAGAAGUUGAGCAACCCGUCCAAGAAAGUGGUCGCGUGGAGAGAUUUGCCCAAGAAACGGCAGCUCGUCGUCAUCACGCUGGCCCGGCUUAGCGAGCCUCUGGUCCAGACCUCCUUGCAGGCUUAUAUGUUCUACCAGCUACGGUGGUUCGAUCCUAGUCUGCCUGACGCCGUCAUCUCAAGCCAGGCUGGUAUCCUGCAUGCGAGCUUCACCGCCGCUCAGUUCUUUACUGCGAUGAUAUGGGGUCGGGUAGCCGACUCCAAGUGGGCUGGUCGCAAAAGCGUUAUCCUGAUCGGACUGAUGGGCACUCUGGUCUCAUGUCUCGGGUUUGGCUUUUCGAAAACAUUCCAUCAGGCUCUGUUCUUCAGAUGCCUUGGUGGCGCGACGAACGGCAAUAUCGGGGUCCUGAGGACGAUGAUUAGCGAGAUUGUCCGCGAGAAGAAAUAUCAGUCGCGAGCAUUCCUGAUCCUUCCCAUGACCUUCAAUAUCGGAGUCAUUAUUGGCCCCGUCCUGGGCGGCUUACUGUCCGAUCCAGCAGGCUCAUAUCCUGAUACGUUUGGAAAGGUGGACUUCUUCUUGAAGUACCCCUAUGCCCCGCCAAAUCUCCUCAGCGCGGUGUUUUUGUUCAUCUCCAUGGUCAUGUGCUGGAUGAACUUGGAAGAGACCCUGGACGCCUGCCGAGACCAACGUGAUCUGGGGAUCAUCCUGGGCAGAAAAGUCGGCGCCUUAUUCCGAAGGAACAAGUCAUCGAUAGCAUACACGCCUCUACACUCCAGAGACACGAGCGUGAGUACCGACACAGAGAUGUCGCCCGUGACGCCCCGAUACUCCGACGACAGCCCACGCACACCACCACCCAAGAAAGCCAACAACGGCCGGCGUUACACCCGCACAUUACCUUUUAGACAGAUCUUCACGCGGAAUGUGACGUUCACGCUGAUAGCUCACUUCUUCCUGGCCUUCCACGUGGGGACCUUCAACUCACUCUGGUUCGUCUUCCUCUCCACACCAGUCUACAACCCAGCGAAGGCCGACCCACCAGGGUUCUCCCCUGAGCUCCCCUUCCGGUUCACAGGCGGUCUGGGACUGCCCCCACGGUCCGUAGGUCUAGCCAUGGCGGUCCUCGGUGUCAUGGGCAUUACAAUGCAGCUCUUCUUAUACCCGCGCCUAUCCUCUCGCCUCGGCACUGUGCGCUCCUGGCGCGUGUCCCUCUUCCUCUUCCCACUCGCCUACACGCUCAUGCCCUUUCUCUCGAUCGUGCCGAGCACAACAACCCCGCCGGGCCAGAAGACGGGCCUCGCGGUCUGGGCUGUCAUUGCGGGCGUGCUGUUCAUCCAGGUCACAGGGCGGACGUUUGCGCUGCCCGCGCAGACGAUUCUGGUCAACAACUGUACGCCGCACCCGAGUGUGUUGGGUACGGUGCACGGGCUGGGGAUGAGCGCGAGUAGCUUUGCGCGCACGAUUGGGCCGAUAUUGUGCGGGUACCUGUACGGCGUGGGUCUGAGUCGUGGACUUGUGGGCGGCGUGUUCUGGGGGUUGGCGGGUGUAGCAGUGGGUGGGAUUGUGGUGAGCUUUUGGGUAAGGGAGGGGAACGGACAUGAGAUCUGGUUGGAGGGUGACGAGGAGGAGUAA